AUUGGACAGAGGUGGUGGUCGCCUACCACUGCACGGCUCUCCCCACACUUGGCUCCCCCUGCCCCUCUCCCUCUCCCCAUUGUAGGCUGGAAGGAGGCAGGAUUAGGAUGAGGGAUUUGGGAGUCAUGUGGAUCUAGAUUUCUGACUGGUGUCCAGAAAACCGUUGUUUUACAGGAGGACUCUCAGUCGUGUGAAACACCAUCACACCCCUUGUCGUGUAACCUGUAGCUACUUUUGGAGUUUUCAUUCAACUUUUCCCUUUUCCUCCAGUGUUCCAGGAGUUUCUCGUGGAUUUGAACUGCAGUAGAUUACAGCAGUGACCGCUGCUCUCAUUCAUUUUCAACCAUGCCGCUAUAACCUGACACUACUUGUCAUUUUAACUCUGAUGAUCGCUUUGUAGAAAGUUAGAAGUGCCGCAGGACACAUUUCCCCAUUUUUUGUUCAUCCCUCGCUUUAACAUGACGGAAGAAAACAAAAGUGAACACAGGGCUGAAAGCGGGAAAGACUUGGAGAAACAGCUCCGAUUGCGAGUUUGUGUUUUGAAUGAACUCCUGCAGACCGAACGGGACUAUGUCGGGACGCUUGAGUUCUUAUCGGUGUUUAUGCACCGGCUCCACCAGUAUGCGGCCGCCAAAAUCGACAAGAACAUCACAGAGGAGACGGUGAAGGUGCUGUUCUCCAACACGGAGGAGAUUCUGGCCGUCCACAGGGACUUCCUGUCCAUGGUGGAGGGCCUUCUGCAGCCAGACCCCCACGCGCACCACGAAGUCGGACGCUGCUUCCUGCAAUUCAGGAGUGGCUUCCAGGUGUACGACGAGUACUGUGGGAACCACGAGAAGGCCCAGCGGCUGCUGCUGGAGCUCAACAAGAUCCGCUCCGUGCGCACCUGCCUGCUGAACUGCAUGCUGCUGGGAGGCCGGAAGAACACAGAGGUGCCACUGGAGGGCUACCUGGUGGCCCCCAUCCAGAGGAUCUGCAAGUACCCGCUGCUGCUCAGGGAACUUCUAAAGAGAACGCCUAAGAAGCACAACGACCACGGGCUGGUGCUGGAGGCCCUGCAGGUGAUGAAGGCCGUGUGCUCCAACAUCAACGAGGCCAAGAGGCAGAUGGAGAAGCUGGAGGUGUUGGAGGAGUGGCAGUCCCACAUCGAGGGCUGGGAGGGCUCCAACAUCACGGACACGUGCACGGAGAUGCUAAUGCACGGCGUGCUGCUGAAGAUCUCGGCGGGGAACAUACAGGAAAGGAACUUCUUCCUGUUUGACAAGCUCCUGGUCUACUGCAAGAAGAAGAACAGGCGUUUAAAAAACAGCAAGGCGGCCACUGAAUGCCCCCGCUUCCUGUUCAGAGGACGCAUCAACACGGAGGUGAUGGAGGUGGAGAACGUGGACGACGGGACUGCUGACUACCACAGCAGCGGGAACAUCGUGAACAGCGGCUGGAAGAUCCACAACACGGCCAAGAACAAGUGGUUUGUGUGCAUGGCCAAGACCCCGGAGGAGAAGCAGGAGUGGCUGGAGGCCAUCCUCAAAGAGAGAGAGCGCAGGAAAAGCCUGCGGCUGGGCAUGGAGCAGGACACGUGGGUGAUGGUGUCCGAGAAGGGGGAGAAGCUGUACCAGCUCAUGACCAAAGGCCACCUCAUCAAGGACCGCAAGCGCAAGCUCUCCACCUUCCCCAAGUGCUUCCUGGGAAGUGAGUUUGUGUCCUGGCUGAUGGACAUCGGGGAGACGGGGAACCCCGAAGAAGGGGUGCACCUGGGACAGGCUCUGCUGGAGAACGGAAUCAUCCACCACGUCACCGACAAGCACCAGUUCAAACCGGAGCCCGUCUUGUACCGCUUCCGCUACGAUGACGGCACCUACCACCCAAGAAGUGACAUGCAGGACGUCAUCUCUAAGGGUGUACGGCUUUUCUGCCGUCUCCACAGUCUCUUCAGUCCUGUCAUCAGGGAUAAAGACUACCAUCUGAGGACCUACAAGUCUGUGGUGAUGGCCAACAAGCUGAUCGACUGGCUCAUUGCACAGGGGGAUUGCAGGACGCGGGAGGAGGCCUUGAUCCUGGGGGUCGAGCUCUGCGACAAUGGCUUCAUGCAUCACGUGCUGGAGAAGAGCGAGUUCAAGGACGAGCCGCUGCUGUUCCGCUUCUUCGCCGACGAGGAGAUGGAGGGCUCCAACACCAAGCACAAGCCCAUGAAGCACGACCUGAAGAUCGCAGAGAACGUCAUCGCCAAAGCCCUCCUGAUCCGGCCCAGUGACGGCGGCUACGGCUUCACCCUGGAGGAGAGGAACCGGGUGCCCAUCAUUAAGGCUGUGGAGAAGGGCUCCCCUGCUGAGAUGGCGGGUCUGGAGGUGGGGAAGAAGCUGUUUGCCAUGAACGGAGACCUGGUGUUUCUGAGGCCCUUCUCAGAGGUGGAGAGCCUCCUUAGGCAGUGCUUCGAGAGCAAGGGACCCCUCAGGGUACUGGUCAGCACCAAGCCAAGAGAGACGGUGAAGAUCCCAGACUCUGCAGAUGGUCUUGGCUUCCAGAUCCGUGGAUUUGGUCCCUCUGUGGUCCACGCUGUGGGCAGAGGCACGGUGGCGGCGGUGGCGGGCCUCCACCCGGGCCAGUGCAUCAUCAAGGUGAACGGCAUCAACGUGAGCAAGGAGAGCCACGCCAGCGUCAUCGCCCACGUCACCGCAUGCCGCAAGUACCGCCGGCCCACCCAGCAGGACACUAUUAAGUGGGUGUACAACAACAACGAGAGCGCUCAGGAGGACGAGAGGAAGUCGAACCAAAAGCGCUCGGCGGAGGAGAACGAGGACGGGUUCGAGUGCAAAGUGGAAGAGGUGAUGGACAAGUUCAAUACCAUCGCCAUCAUCGACGGCAAGAAGGAGCUGGUGAGUCUGACGGUGGACAACGUGCACCUGGAGUACGGUGUGGUGUACGACUACGACAGCACCGCCGGUAUCAAGUGCCACGUGCUGGAGAAGAUGGUGGAGCCCAAGGGCUUCUUCAACCUCACCGCCAAGAUCCUGGAGGCUCUGGCGCGCAACGACGACACGCUGGUGCAGAUGUGCGGCCGGCUGAGCUCCAGCUGUGACGUCAUCCCGGAGGAGCUGCGGUCUCGGCUCGCCGCGCUGUGUGGCGAGAGGCUGGAGCACGUCAACCGCCGGCUCACCAACUACCGGAAGUUUGCCCGUGUGCUUAGGAACCGGGCGUGGCCCACCUUCAAGCAGGCCAAGACCAAGGUAUCCCCGCUGCACAGCAGCGACUUCUGCCCCACCAACUGCCACGUGAACGUGAUGGAGGUGUCCUACCCCAAGACCACCACCUCGCUGGGCAGCGCCUUCGGGGUGCAGCUGGACAGCCGGAGGAACACCAUGGAGGGAGGGGGGCGGAGCAGCGCCGAGCACGGUAAGGUGAGCCCCAUGGUGUACGCCCAGCACACCAUCACCACCAUGGCGGCCCCGUCGGGCCACAGCCUGGGCCGCACGGAGGGCCACGGCCUGCGCUUCCUCCUGCGGGAGGAGGACCUGCAGACCCUGGACGCCUACCAAAAGCUGGUCGCCAAGCUCACCACCGUCGUCAAGGAGAUGGACACGCACGCCGCCCAGAUCCACGACCUGCUGUCGUCCAUCAGCCACCCCGGCGCGACGGACGCCAAGACCCCCGAGGGCUUGAUCGCUCCGGAGAGCGAGGCCGAGCGGGGCGAGAAGAACGGCAAGAAGGUGUGCUUCAACGUGGCCGGGGACGAGCAGGAGGACUCGGGCCACGACACCAUCAGCAACCGGGACUCCUACAGCGAUUGCAACAGCAACAGAAACUCCAUCGCCUCUUUCACCAGCAUCUGCAGCAGUCACUGUAGCUCCUAUGUACACAGUGACGAGAUGGACUCGGGGGAUGAGAUGCCCAGCAGCAUGUGGCUGUCUCACGACAAGCAGAAGAAGCUCCACGGCUUCCUGGAGCAUCUGUUCAGCCAGGUGGACUCCAUCACCAGCAUGCUGAGGGGGGCGCUGGUGGGCCGCGCCUUCGAACAGACCAAAUGUUUCACACCCGGGAGAGGGCUACAAGAGUUCCAGCAGGAGAUGGAGCCCAGGCUGAACUGUACCAAGAAGCUGCGCCUCCACGUGAAGCAGGACCCCUGGAACCUUCCGGGCAGCGUGCACGCCUUUACACACACCGUCGGCCGCUUCGUCGAAGAGGUGAAGACACGGCUGCUGUUGGUCCUACUGCAGUACACAGACUCUGAGAUCCAGCUAAGGCGGGACAUGGUGUUUUGUCAGUCACUGGUGGCGGCCGUGUGUGCCUUCUCUCAGCAUCUCCUGGCCGUGCUCAACCAGUUCCACGAUGGAGGAAGGGACUGCGAGCCGGAGAGCCAGGACUCCACGGACCCCCCGGAGCCCCAGGAGGGUGGCCGACGCUGGCUGGAGCAGGUCGCCAGUGCCGGGCUGCUGCUCCACUUCCAGUCCCUCCUCUCCCCCCACCUGACGGAUGAGCAGGCCAUGCUGGAGGACACUCAGGUGGCGUUGAUAGACUUGGAGAAAGUGACGUUCUACUUCCGGCAGUUUGAAGGGGAGCCUCUCGUGGCAAACAUGCCCGUGUCCUACCAGGUGGAGGGGACCCGCCAGGCUCUGAAGGUCUGCUUCUACCUGGAGGGCUUCUACUUCUCCCAGCUGCCCCAGCGGCUGAGGAACGGGGGCGGCUUCAGGAUCUACCCCGUGCUCUUCACCCAAGCCCUGGAGAGCAUGGAAGGGUACUACUACCGGGACAACGUGUCCGUGGAGGAAUACCAGGCUCAGAUCAACGCUGCCUCACUGGACAAAGUCAAGCAGUACUACAAGAGGCUGAGGGCCUUCUACUUGGACCAGUCCAACAUGCCACCCAGCUCUGCACCUAAGGCUGCUCUCGUAGACAAGCUGAUGCGGCCCCUGAACGCGCUGGACGAGCUCUACCGCCUCAUCGAGAGCUUCAUCAGCUGCCGGCGCACGGCGGCCUGCCAGAGCACGGCGUGCGGCGCCUCGGGCGUGGGCCUGCUCAGCGUGGCGUCGGAGCUCUGCUCCCGCCUCGGAGCCACGCACAUCGUCAUGUGCAACAGCGGCGUCCACCGGUGUACGCUGAGUGUGACGCUCGAACAGGCCAUCCUCCUUGCCCGUAACCACGGGUUACCCCCACGCUGCAUCAUGCAGGCCACCGACGUCAUGAGGAAACAGGGGGCAAGGGUUCAGAAUUCUGCCAAGAAUCUGGGAGUGAGAGACCGGACCCCGUCCACGGUGCCAAGAUUGUACAAACUGUGCCAGCCUCCACCCGCGGACAGCGACCCAUAAUGCACUUGGGCUCUAUAAAGUGUCUUCCUAUGGCUGUGGAGGUCAAACCGCUCCAGAGAGUCCUCUACCUGCCCAUGAAGGAAUGACACGACUGAAGGCUAACUCUCUCUUGUUGACCUGCCAUUAGAUCCAGGUUUUUCCUUUGUAAUGUUCAACCCAUGGACGAAUAUAUGUAAAUAUAAUUUUAAAGCAGUACAUAGUCAAAUUAAUACUAUAUAUUUUUUUCUUGCUAUUGUACCGAAUAAGUGUGCAUUUUUUAUUCAGCGAAAAAGCAUCUCAAUUAAAUAUAUAAAACCAAAACAAAACAUUUGUGCCUUAAAAUUGCAAACUAAGUUAGAUUUGAAGGAAUCAAUCAAUGCCGUUGUCACGUAGCAAGCUUAAAAUGAUCUUGUUGUUUCCUACAGGGCAAUAUUUUCAUUUCACAAUAAUGAUUUUUAUUUACAUAUAAAGUGAAGUCAUAUCUGUUGAGAGGACAUUAUUGGAUUAUAAUCUGACAUGUUUCGAGUUAGCCAUUCCAUUUAUUCGCCUUUCCUCUGACACAUCAUCGCUUCACUGGUUCGACUGUAGAAGAACUUGGUGGAUUGAAUUGUGUACCGUUUUUAUAUGAUCUUGUGUUGUUGAUAAGCCUGUAAAUAUUGAUGUUCCGUUAAAAAAAUGACAGAAAGAAAAAAAGUUUUUCUGCUGAGGACGGAGCCACUAUAUUGUUGAACGCAUUGUUUGGAUUUCAUAAAUCAGUUUAUUCCACUGCAAAUUGAUGUUGUGUGAUAGUAACCUGACACAGAGAUAUUUUUUCAUUGUUCAUCAGUAUUAACACGUCAUAGAUUAAUGGCUGUUUUGAGCUAUGGAGUAUAUUCUGUUCUUUUGUAUUGGCAUUACUCAGGAUAUCAUUUUGAUGGUUUUUUUUUUAUUUUGAAUACUUAUCAACCUAGCAUUUGCUGCAUUGUUGUAGAAUGGAAGUAGUUUACUAUGCAAACAAGUCGUAUUAAAAAGCUGAAACAAUAAGCUCAUA